UCGGGGCGAGCUGUUCUCCUGCCACAGCCCAGUUUGUGAGAACAAGAACGCCGAAAGAUUCGAAGAAGAACAUCCAACAGCGGUAGCGGUCAUCAAAAAACGACACUACGUGGAUGACAUGGUUUUCAGCGUUGAAACGGAGCAAGAAGCAGUUGAACUGGCGGAGUCGGUGCGUUUCAUUCACAUGGAGGGUGGAUUUGAAAUCCGCAAUUGGGUUUCCAAUUCUCCGUUGGUGCUUUCCACUAUGAAUGGAGAAGAGUCAACGGAAAAGGACCUGAACAUAUCUGCGGAGGUGGCGAGUCAAAAAAUCCUCGGAAUGUGGUGGCAUACGAAAGACGACGUGUUCAAAUACAAAAUAUGCUGGACCAGAUUUGAUUCGGCGCUGCUUGAUGGAAGUCGUUGCCCUACUAAACGGGAGAUCCUUCGGACGCUGAUGACCAUAUACGACCCUCUAGGUCUCAUCGACCACUUUCUGGUGUUGCUGAAAAUCUUGCUACAGGAAGUUUGGCGUGCUAGUGUUGACUGGGAUGAACGAAUUCCCGACAACCUGUUCGAGAAGUGGCGUGACUGGCUUCAAUUGCUACCCGAGGUAGAGAAAUUACGGAUUCCUAGGUGUUACCGGCAAGUUGUUUCAUCCUUGGACGCAGCUUUCAUCGAAGUUCACGUAUUCGUUGACGCAAGCGAAAGUGCAAUGGCAGCGGCAGUGUUCUUGCGACUCGUAGAAGGGAAUCAAGUGGAAUUUUCGAGUUGGCGGCGAUUGCUAGCGGUAACUGGAUACGUCCUUCGAUUCUGCUUGAACCUUCAACGUCGUCGUAGUCAGCAUCCACUCAGAACUGGACCGUUAUCAAGCGAAGAACUUCGGGAAGCGGAAGAACACCAUUACCGGCAAGCGCAACGAGAUGUGUACCAGGACGAAGUCGCAGCGCUGGAGACGAAAGAAUCCACUAUCAAACGUAUUCCAAAGACAAGUCCACUUUACAAGUUGAGCCCGUUCGUUGACGAAUCCGGUGUAAUGAGGAUGAAAGGGAGAACCACUGUGUGCGCGUAUUUGCACAGUGACGCCAAGAAUCCUGUUAUUCUGCCUCCAAAGCAUCCAGUAACAUCAUUAAUAUUAGUCCAUUACCACGAAAAGUUUUUGCACCGCAACUACGAAAUAGUAGUCAACGAAGUCCGCCAGAAGUACAGCAUCUUCCGCCUGAGACAAGCCCUUGCUGCGAUACGUAGAAACUGCCAGUGGUGCAAAAACCGUGACGUUCUUCCUCAACCGCCGGAAAUGGCAGAUCUUCCUGCGGCCCGACUGUCUGCGUACACAAGGCCAUUCGCACACGUAGGGGUGGAUUAUUUUGGCCCAAUUGAGGUAACGGUAGGUCGAAGGGUCGAGAAAAGAUGGGGGGUUCUACUGACUUGUUUAACGGUAAGGGCCGUUCAUAUUGAGGUAGCGCACUCUCUGACAACUAGUUCCUGCAUAAUGGCAUUGAGGAAUUUCACGGCACGUAGAGGUACACCGGUCAGCUUUUACAGCGACAGGGGUACCAAUUUUGUGGGCGCAAACCGGGAGCUCCAGGAAACCAUGGAAGCGGUCAACCAGAACCAGGUGAUGCGUGAGUUUGUCACCUCAUCUACUGCUUGGCAGUUCAACCCACCGGCGGCACCCCACAUGGGCGGCAGUUGGGAGAGGCUCAUCCAAUCGGUCAAGCGAAACCUGGUGGAAGUUCUACAUGCGCGUCGGCCAACUGAUGAGGAGCUACGCAACGCGUUGACGGAAAUAGAAGGUGUGCUGAAUGCACGCCCUCUGACUCACGUGCCCAUUGAUGACGAAGCGGCACCAGCGUUAACCCCCAACCACUUCCUGUUGGGUUCAUGCGACGGUUCCAAACCGUUGUCCCUGAUUGAUGCGGAUACUGCUGCACUACGGCGAGGUCAUCCGACCUCCCAAUGGUUGGCGAAUCUCUUUUGGAAGCGAUGGGUUAGGGACUACCUACCCGACAUAACACGUCGUACAAAAUGGCACGAGCAGGCGAAACCUCUCCAAGUGGGUGACGUUGUAGUCAUUGUGGAUCCAGAUCACCCGAGAAGCUGUUGGCCUAAGGGACGAGUCAUUGGAGUAACCAGCAGUGGAAGACAAACUCGUAAGGCCACUGUGCAAACAUUGCAUGGAAUAUAUGAGAGACCAACCGUGAAGCUGGCGGUGUUAGAUGUUCGGCGCGAGAUGGAGUAAACGGAACCGGAAGGCCAGGUCCGUGUACCGGGGGGGAGUGUGACGCCCCUCGGGCGAUACGCACCUUACAUCGUCGACCUUGGUUCGUCGACCGUCGGUACAAUUGACAUUCUAUUGUCCGAUAGGACGAUUGACGUGAUCACUGGAUAUGACAGCAAAGGAGUUGAGAAAAAUGCUGAUUCAUGAUGAUGUGUGGAAUAUGCAGUGAAAAAUCAGAAAACUAUUUGAGAAUAAUUCGUGCCUAUAAUUGAAUUCCGUGAAAUGUUCUUAAUCUAGUUAAAAAUAGCUAUUACCUGCGUUAAAUUCUUAGUCAACAAGUGACUAGUAAUCAAUUUGUUAUUCUAAAAAUUGUUUAUCCUACAACUUAAUAUCUAACUUAUCAAGGUAAGAACACAUAAGUGAAUGGAUCAAAAUAUAUCCUAAACGUUAUAAAUCUAAUGUUUCAUGCAGCUAAACUUAAGUACGGAGGAGACCUGAUCCAGACAAUUGAGGUAGAAGAGAUUUGAGAGGCACUAAACGUAAGCAAAAUGAAUUAAAAUGUCAAUCUCGUAAUAACAAAACUUUAUAUUAAAGGAAAUUUUAACCAGCCAAAAGUUCGCGUUGGUUCAUUUUUUCGGAAGACGAUCCCUCCAGUUGGCGCGGCCAACAGCUUUAUUCUGUGUAAUUGAUAAAAAUUAAGAAAAAACAUUCAAUUGCUGUUGAGGGGCUGCAGUUUAGCAUGUUUUAUUGCGUAGAAUGCCGGAAGCGUAUCCGGCUACCCUCAACACUGAAAAGUACUCAUGUUUUUCCAACUUUGAACCGAUUUAAGUGAACUUCGGCUCGUUUAAAUAAGAAAUCAUUUUUUUAUUGAAUGGUUAUGUGAAUAGAACGGUUGGGUUACGCGGUAUUCCCAAAAGUCCAAAUUUUCUGGAACAUGUCCUUAUGCUAUUGAAGGGCCCAGAUGCAAAGAGGUGUAAGUGACCAUUUUGUCAAGUUUGAGCUGAGCAUAUCAAACAAUCUUUAGAUUUCAAGCUUUCAGGAACUUUUUCAAGAUUAUUUUUAUGAUGAUUAGAAAAAAUACAGUAAAUCAGAGAAAAUUGGGUUGAUAUUGAAACUCCAUGCAUUUUGAAUGGGAUGAAAAACUGGUGAAAAACUUCAAAGCUCAUUUAUGUACUCGAAAGUGGGUUUUUGUAACUUACACCCCUUUGCUUCUAAGCUCCUCUAUUCUAAUAUCGACAUUGUUGGAGUUAGCGUAUUGAAAAGACAUGGUCUCUCGUGAUACAUGCUCCGUAAUGAUUACUUUGAAGUCAAUACUUUGGGCACAGACAAACAGACGUCUCACUCUACUUACUUCUCAUCGUUACCCUUUUAAACGGUUAGUUAAAAUAUUUUGUAGUUCGCAAAUUGCUCGGUCACGGCACUAGCAUCGUUUUUGCUCCUGUUUGACGUUUGCUCACUACUGCCACCUACUGACUGGUUUGCGUAACACAGCCUGGUUAGCAUUGGGCGAUUAUGUUUUCGUGACGAUGAUUCUUAUCGCAAUUUGAUCCAAGUGAUACGUCUGUUUGUCUGUGCUUUGGGCCUAGACUGGGCAGAUAUGCUAUUGCAGCUGGUCUAUGGAAAAUUCCACGCGUAUGGCAAUUCGGGCUCGGUUCAGUCGGAUUUGUUCUAGAUGGAAAAAAUAAAUCUGGAUUAAAUGAGAUCAAUAUUGUCAAAAUCGGAGAAAAUUUAUCGCAGAUAUAACCAUUACAUAGUUUACCUUCUUUAGUUAAUUGACUGCUGUUUCAUAUUAUGAAGUAAAAAAUAAAGGCAUUGCAACUUCUAGAAAUUUUAUCAGACUUUUCCGUAUUUUUUUGUUUUAUUCAUUGCUUCAAUAAAUAUAGAUAAAUAUACUUAGCGUCAUAGCUAUUGAUAUGUUUAUCUAAGUAUUUAUAUCCUUCUUUCAAUAUCCCAGUCCCGUUACGGUGCCAAAAUCCUAUCACUUUUCUACGAUUCCGAAUUCUUAUAGAUUAAGUAAAUUUUUAACUUCAAAAAGUGAUACAUCUGAAAUCUGAAAUGAGUAUUUUUUUAAUCUCAAAAUUGAAUAAACCUAGUUAAAUUUAUAUGUCAUUUUAACAGUACUGCUAUUUUAACUUCUAAUUAUAACGUCAAAAAGUAACGAAAAGACUAUGUACUAUGAAGUAAUGAAUGUUAGUGAGCGUGGAGAUAGCAAAUGUGGUACUAAAUAAUUCUAAUCAAUAAAAAUGUCAACUGUACAGACAAUUCUGCUCAAUUAAUGAUUGCAUUUGUCUAUUAUAUUUUUUUUCCUUCGAUCUAUUAUAAUUCGACCAUAUUUUCUUUGACAUUUUGUCAUAAAUAUCUAUUUUCAUUACUAAAAGUAAUCUAAAGGAGAAUAAAACUAAACAGCAUCUGCAGAAGUAAUCAUAUCGGCAUAUGAUAUAAUUCUCAUCAAUUAAAACAAAGCCUCAUU